GUCCCUUGAUAUGCAAUCUAUCUUGUCCUUCCUUGCGAAACAAACUGAACUUACAAAACAAAGUCAGCCGAGCACUUUUGCAACUGGGUAUAUCUAGUGUUUCGUACGUGGGCAGAGUGCUUCGCACAGUUGAAAGACGUUUUACAAACUAAAAUGGCUCUGUUCAUUCAGACCGUAAGGAGAAUCAAUACAAAGAUUCCAGUAGCAGGUUUGCAGCGCCUUCUUUCUUCAAAUUCUGGAGGCAUUUAUGAUCCUGCGGACAUGACCCCUCCAAUCCCUCCAUACAUCGAGAAGCAAGGGGAAACAAUAGAGUUGAAAAGAGCAAGACUCUUGUACCAAAGUCGAAAACGAGGAAUGUUGGAGAAUGGUCUGCUUUUGAGUACAUUUGCAGGCAAGCACUUGGACUCUCUGAACCAAGACCAGCUGGCUUCAUAUGAUAAGCUUAUCAACCAACCCACAAAUGACUGGGAAAUUUAUUACUGGGUGACAGGUGCAAAAGAAGUCCCAUCUGAGUUCCAGUCUGAUGUUAUGGAUCUGUUACAGAAACACGCCAAGAAUGAGGAAAAAGAAAACAGAACACGCCAGCCAGAUUUGCACUGAAUGAUCCUCAAGAAACUGUCACUCUAAGAACUGAAAACAGCGAUGUACAUUACUGGAAAUACAUGCAAUGCCAGAGUGAAUGAUGUUUUCCUUUUACGGAUGCACAAGGAGAAAUAGUCAAAUGACUUCUUGUUUUGUGAAUGGUGGUUGUUAUUCCAGAAUUUCUGGUAUCAUCACAGGAUUGUUGGUUGGGUAACCAGGAAAGGCUUGAACAGAGACCAUUCUUCUCAUUUUCAGUGGUGGUAUUACCAGCUCAAGUUUCAAAUUUUUAAAGUUAAUAUUAGUGCAAUGUUUUUUAGUCUUUUUUCCCACUGAAAAUUUACAAAGACCGUGUGCAUAAUUUGGAACAACUGUUUUGAAAGUGCUUUCCAAGUUUGUAUUAUGUACAUGUAUGUUUGCAGUUUUAUAGCACUUUCAAAUGUUUUGGCAACUUUCGCAACAAAAUGUGGUCUCAAGUUCAUUUGUUGCUUUGUGCCUCAAGUAGUGAGAAGGCUCUUGUCUCUCCCUCUUUCAGGUCAUUCAGUGCUGUGGGUAAAGUGAUUGGGGCCUAAAACAUUGCCAUUAUAGAUCUAUGGCAUUUGUCAACUUAGUAGUGUUGUUUAAUUAGUAUAAGUGUUCUUAUCACUGUCGGAAAUGUGUCUGGUUUGUAGUUUUGAGUGAGUCUUUACCAGUGCAAAGAGCGUUUUGUGUAUGUGCAAAGUAUUCUUGUGUUGAAUACAUGGUUACUACAGUAGUACAAUGUUCACGUUGAUGCUGUCAAUAGGGUAAAGCUUAUGUCAAGUUCCACAAAAGCUUAGAGAUAAGAUGCUUGCCUCUCAUGCCAAAGUAUGUGGUUCCAUCUCAGAUUAGUGCUGGUAUAGUCACUCAGUAAUUUCACUAAUAUAUAUCUAUCAAGGUUGUCUUCUCAAUUGUUUUACACCACCAAAUCCUGCUUGGAAAACUCUAUUUUAUUGAGUACCUGCUAUGAUACUGUAUCCCACUCAAUUUUGAGUGGCCUUGACAAGCAGGGUCAAAGAAUCCCACCUCCUAAAUGUUCUAAAUUGUGUCAACAGGGGCUUGGAAUAGAAGUCACUAGUCCAUCUUGUCUGUGGAAUUAUAUUUGACAGAUGCAUUAUCAGAUGAGUGCACGGUUCAAGAUCUCCCAUUGCUGAGCUUGUUUGCCGUUCCUGCAACUUUUUCACAUUGUUUUGGGGAUUCAGUGUUUGCAAUUUUUUAGGAGCUUGAAGGGAAAUCUGAUUUUAUUACUUAGUAAUCUAGAAAGAAAUUUGAGGUAUGAAGAUGUUUGUCACUUCAAGCAGUGGAUGUAUGGCUUGUUAGCGAUGAACAGAAUUUGCUCUGCUGAAAGAUGUUUCUCUUUGAGAGCUGAUAGUAAAUGUUUUAUACAGUGGAGUCUACUUAAACCGAAGUCUGUGGUUUAACUAGGUUUUCUGUUUAGAGAAGUUUCUCAAAUGGAAAAAGAUAGCAUUGGGGAUUUAAUUUUCUUUUAGUUUACUGCUUUUUUCAAAUGAACCAUGUUGGGUUUCAGCAGACACCAAUGUAUUGUAUUCAUUGAGCUGAAGAAGAAAUGGCCCAAAAUGGUUUGAUAAGUUUUAUGCUCUUUCUUCAUGUUUUUGUCCAUGCAGAUGCCAUUUUUAUUAGUGUAUGGUAAAGUUAUUAAACUGUGUCUGUGAUUUA